UCAGUGAUUCCCUGGUCUGUGUGCUUUAAUCUUUUGGGUCAGAGAAGAUUACAAUUCUCAUGUUUAUAUUUUGGCAAUGCAUUAUUUUACUUGCCUUCACCUUUAAGUUCUAGGUAUUAAUCAAGCAAUGAUGUCACUCAUGUUUCUUAGUGUCGGGUAUUUAUUUUGAAUGAAAAGAAGGUAGGUUCUAAAACAAUCUAGCAAAACGUUUGACAAGUUUAAGCCUAAUCUAAAAUAAAUAUGUGUUAAAAAGCACACUAGACAGGGAUCAUAACUGUAUAUAUUUAUUUAUACUAUAGUUAUGCUAUAUGUAUUACCGCAGUGUGUAUAUAUAUUAACAAAACAUAUUUCAGUAUAAUUUGGUUAAUUUUUAUUUAUUCAGUACAUUUAAGUAUAUUCUACAAACCUAUCUGAUAGUGUAGUGUAUACACUGUAGUGUGUGAAGUGUAGAUCUCUCCUUGGCCCUGUCCAUUCCCUUCUUUCUCUCUUGCACAGACACUCUCACUCCUUCACUCAUGGAGUCUUUUUCCCUUUGUUCUUUCAGUUCAUGGGAACACAGUGGCAGACGGCUCUUCCCAUGGCCACCAUUCAGUCCCUGCUAACUGGGAAGGGUGGGGAUGGAGCACAGGCUGAACGAGGGCUGGAGGACGGAGGAGGGGCCAGAGGCAGUGGGCCAGGUGUGGAACUCAAGCUCGUCCAAUCACAGUCAGACGAGGAAGAGGAGGAGGGGCUCGAGAGCAGCCUCACGGCUCUAGUUUUACAUCAACCGCUGAAGCAUAGGAAGGCAUGGAUCUACCUGACCCUCACAGCACUACUCAUAUUCACUACAGCAUUCCUAUUGGGCUAUGUGGCAUUCCAUGGAUCAUGCAACUACUGUGGAGACGAUGGGGACCUGGUGCCAGUGGAUGACCCUCCCGUACCGCACCAUUACCCAGAGGGGGACCUCCUCCACAUGGGGGAGCUGCGGGACAUGUUGAAGAAAUACCUCGGCGAGGAGACACUGGACACAACUAUUAGGCGAGUGAGCAGGACGACCCACCCGCCCGGGUCCUCAGAGGGGAACGACCUGGCCCGAGAAAUCCUCCAGAGCUUCCAGAAGCUGCGUAUGGACCACACCUGGACUGACUCCCACUACGCCACCCUGCAGUUCCCCUCGAGGACCAAGAGGAAUGAUCUGUGGAUAGUUGAUGAGAAUGGCGUUGAGCUGGAAGAGAUACAACUGAAUGCUGCAGAUUACUGUGCCUACAGCGCCACUGGCACAGCAACGGGGGGAGUAAUGUAUGUAAACUAUGCACGGCUAGAGGACUUUGAUACUCUGCGCUCCCUGGGCAUGUCGCUGAAGGGAGCCAUCGCCCUAGCCAGGGUGGGUGGGGGUGUGAGCUUUGCGGAGAAGGUGCGGCACGCCCAGAAGGCGGGCAUGGUGGGCGUGCUCAUCUACCCAGACCCGGCCGACGUGCCACAGGACCCGCGCAGGCUGGGCCUCAGCAGUGAUGUCGCCAUCUCUGAACACGUUCAUCUCGGCUCUGGUGACCCCUUCACCCCUGGAUUCCCUUCCUUUAACCACACCCAGUUCCCACCCAUGCAAUCAUCUGGCCUGCCACUCAUCCCUGCACAGCCAAUCAGUGCCAAUGUAGCCUCAACGCUACUGAGACAGCUGGAGGGCCCAGCGUGUCCUCGCGGCUGGCAGGGCCGUCUGCAGAACUACAUGUACGUCCGGUGUGUGUUAGGCCCCUCCCUCACGGGGGGGUCUGGACGCAGGGUGCGUAUGGGUGUGUUCAACAGCAUGACGCCCGUCCUCCUCAACAACAUAUUUGCCUCCAUCGAGGGCAAGAUGGAACCAGACCAGUACAUCAUCAUGGGGGCUCAGAGAGACUCCUGGGGUCCUGGUGCAGUCAAGUCUGGCGUUGGCACCGCCCUCCUGCUGGAGCUCGCACGCACCUUCAGCUCCAUGGUGCAGAACGGCUUUUACCCUAGGCGGAGUUUGCUGUUUGUCAGCUGGGAUGCUGGUGACUUUGGUAAUGUGGGCGCCACUGAGUGGCUGGAGGGUUAUCUGUCCAUGCUUCACCUGAAGGCUGUUGCUUACUUCAGCCUUGACCAAGCUAUAAUGGGUGAUGAUGAGUUAUCUGCUUAUGCGAGUCCUCUUCUUGUGGAUCUAAUAGAAGGAGCCAUCAAACAGGUAGAGCACCCCAAGCAUCCUGGUCAGUCUAUUCUGGCACACAUUGAGAGUCAGGGGGGAAACUGGAUGAGUCACAUAGUUAAGCCCCUGUAUCUGAACAGUGGUGCUUACAGCUUCACUGCCUUCGGAGGAGUACCUGCCAUGGAGCUACGCUUCGAUGAGUCUGUCCGUGCCUACCCCUUUGUCAACACGCAGUGGGACAGUGCCAGCCGGCUGCAGGAGCGUCUGCAGGGGCAGCUGAGCUCAGUGGGACGCACCAUCGGAGAGUUGGUGGGCCUCAUGGUCCUCCGCCUAUCCCAUGAUGCCGUGCUCCCGCUCGACCCCACCUGCUACAGCAGCACCAUGCUCCAGUUCAGCUCCCAGCUCAACCAACACUCUUCUGAACUACAGGUCCAUGGCCUGUCCCCCCAGUGGGUAUUCAGUGCCAGAGGAGACUACAGCAGAGCUGCCAAGACCCUGAAGGAGACCAUUCAGAAUAGCGACAUCGACGACGAGAGGAUGACCCGCCUCUACAACACACGCAUCAUGAGGGUGGAGUACUACUUCCUCUCUCAGUACGUGUCCGCAGUAGAGACUCCUUUCCGGCACAUUCUGCACGGCCGGGGCGACCACACGCUGAGCGCACUCACUGAGCACCUGGCCCUGCUCCGCUCCCAACCCCAGCUGUUCGACGAGGCCCAUUUCCGACGGCAACUGGCCCUCUUCACCUGGACCCUGCAAGGAGCUGCCAAUGCCCUGAGCGGAGACGUGUGGAACAUUGACAACACAAUCUAGAACCUUCCAGAACCUUUCUCCCCGUGGGCAGAACAGGAGACUUUCAGAACUUCUGCCCGUAGCACACAGUAAUGAUUUACAAUCUGGACUCAAGUUUGCAUAGCCAGCCAACCAGCUUAAACUUUGAGUCUUGCCCCUUGAUUUUCGAGAAGCUGCUGCCACUCAUUCAUUAGAUUCAAUAUUUGUAAACCCCUUAACAGUUUUAUCAUUCAAAUGUUUCCCCCGGAAAGGCUGUGAAAUAUGUGUGUCAAACUGUGAGCAUCCAAACAAUUCCUAAAAUGUUUAUCUGAAGUAACAUUAUUAAAAGUGCAGUCAGUGGAUUUACAUUGAAACUGAAAUGCUUUUAGAUUUAUAAUGAUGAUAUAUAUCUUCUGCGCAUGUUGAUACUUUAUUACCACUUUAAACCAUUGAUUUACCAUGGUUUCAGAGUUACAUCAUCAUUGUAAGCCUAGAAACAUUUCCAUUUACUGCAGCUUUAUGUUUUUGCACUUCCUCAUCCCCUGAGGUGGUGAGUGGCCAGCCAGUGAAAAAGAAAAUUAACUUUCAUUGACUUACUAUAUGCAGUGAGUUGCAUUUAUGAAUAUCUACAAGUACCUGAGGGUGACAGAGUCUAUUCUCGAAAUCAGGAGGCCUAGUGAAAGACUCCCAUACUGCCAUCCCAUAAUGUAAUAUUGCACCUUGGUUACAGUCAGUGGUUCUUUGUACAGUUUUCCCCCAUUUUCUUCUUUGUUUCUCUGUCUUGAUUAACAUUCAAUUAAUAAUGGCGAUUUUUUUUAUGAUUCUUUUUUAUUGCCAAGUGAUAAUAAGUUUGUUACCAAUGUCAACAGUAAUUAUCGGGGGCAGGGACUCCCAUAAUUAUGACAGUCAUACUGUCGUCCAAUCACGAAGCAGCAUCUGCUAUCAAUCAACUUGAUGUAGUCAUUGGUGCACAGGUGGCAGGGUGGUGACAUCAUAGGGCGUGUCCAUGUUAGUGGUUAAUGGAGAGGAUUUACCCUUGUGUCUGUGCCACUGUGUGCCAAUAAAGUUUUGUUUUUUCUUGUUGCA